GAAGCGGCGCCAUGGGGCGGCGGCGGCGGCGCUGAGAUGGCGGCGGCCCGCGGCUGCCCCCCCCCGGCGGGCUCCGGGGACCGCGGCCUGGCCGAGCUGCUGCUGGAGUUCUCCCGAGCCCAGUACCGGGCCAAGGACGGCGGCGGGGCUGCCGCCAAGGUGGAGCGGAUCGAGCGGCGCUGCCUGGAGCUCUUCGGCCGCGACUACCGCUACAGCGUCAUCCCCAACGCGCACGGCGAGGUCUGCGCGCACUACCCGCGGCACAUCGUCCUGCUCGAGCGCGACGCCGCCGCCGCCCGUGACCCGUUUGAGAGCACUGUGCAGGUCGGCAAGCUGCAGGACCUUAUCAACCGGAGUAAGAUGGCGAGGUGUAGAGGACGAUUUGUUUGCCCGGUCAUUCUGUACAAGGGAAAGCAUAUUUGCAGAUCAGCAACGCUGGCUGGCUGGGGAGAGCUCUACGGGCGCACUGGUUACAACUAUAUCUUCUCAGGGGGCUCUGAUGAUGCCUGGGCAGAUGCAGAAGACAUUUCAGAGGAAGAUUCUGCACUUAGAAACGCAGACUCCCAGCUGUUUGACAAGGUCAGAGGACAUGACAUCAAGCUGCUUCGUUACCUUUCUGUCCGAUACAUCUGUGAUCUGAUGGUGGAAAACAAGAAGGUGAAGUUUGGCUUGAAUGUGACGUCUUCUGAGAAGGUGGACAAAGCUCAACGUUAUGCUGAUUUCACACUUCUCUCCAUCCCAUACCCAGGCUGUGAAUUUUUUAAGGAGUACAAAGACCGGGAUUACACAGCUGAAGGUCUCAUAUUUAACUGGAAACAGGAUUAUGUAGAUGCCCCACUAAGUAUCCCAGCCUCUCUGACCCAAUCUCUGAAUAUUGAUUGGAGCGAGUACCAGAGCUGGGACCUCGUGCAGCAGACGCAGAACUACCUGAAGCUGCUGAUCUCUAUCAUCAAUAGUGAUGAUGACAGCGGGCUGCUGGUGCACUGUAUAUCUGGCUGGGAUCGAACUCCUCUCUUCAUCUCCUUAUUGCGCCUCUCCUUAUGGGCUGAUGGGCUGAUCCACGUGUCCCUGGAGCCGUCUGAGAUUCUCUACCUGACAGUGGCCUAUGACUGGUUUCUCUUCGGGCACAUGUUAGUCGAUCGACUCAGUAAAGGAGAAGAGAUUUUCUUUUUCUGCUUCAAUUUUCUGAAGCACAUCACCUCUGAGGAGUUCUCUGCUGUGAAGUCACCGAGGAGGAAGAGCUUGUCACCUGGCUUCACCCUAGAGGAGAUCUGCAUGCUCAAGCAGAGAGACCGAGGCAGCACCACGAGCCUGAGCAGCGACUUCUCCCUGGGGAUGGAGAGCUCCCCUGGAGCAGCCGGGAGCUUCACCUACGAAGCUGUGGAGCUGAUGCCAGCAGGAGCACAGGCCCAGGCAGCAUGGAGGAAGAGCUGUGCAUCAUCGCCGCAAGCUGUGCUCUGGAGCAGGGCGCAGCAGUCUGAAGACAGGCUGCCUUCUGCGGGGAUGGUGGAAGUGAAGUCCUCCAGCUCCUCCUCCUCAACGCAUUCUGAUAACUUCCUGAGGAUUGGAAGCAGCCCGCUGGAGGUGCCCAGAUCCAGGUUUUCUGAUGAGUCUUUUUCUAGUGAUUCCCUUCAGAACAGCCACCAGCCAAAUUUUAGUACGUUCUCAUCACAUGCAAAACGGUGACAAACAAGUAAAGCAUUGAAAAUUUGUAAGACUUCUUAACAAGCUUCUUGAUUCCAGAGAAGAAUCAUUGCGACAGUUUUCAUAAAUGACAGUGACUGAUCUCCCCAGGGAAAGAGAUUAGUAGGAUGUUUUCCAGUUGUUGCUGGAGCCCACCUCUAUAUUCUCUGAAACAAGUCUCCCAAGAAGAAAGCAAAAUACCAGAGAGAAAGCAGCUUGUCUUGGCGGUCUGCUCUUGUUCAUACCAGCAAUGCCACUGUUCCUGUGUGUGGUCUCAUGCCGUUCCCAAGACAUAGCAAGCUGCAUGAAGUGCCUGGUAGCAAGCUUGCAGCAGUGCUGUGGCAGAAACUGUUCAUAAUGCUUCAGCUGGACUCUGCUCUGUGAAAAGAAAGAGAAUCAGAGUAGGCAGAACAGCUCUGCAGGAAGGGGGUGAUCACAGCCCCUGGGUUUUGCGUUCCUGGGGCUCAGAGCUGAUAAAGCCAGCAAUUAUCUUCCCUCUGGAUGAGGUGUCUAUACGCUUUUGGAUGUUCAGUGUCCGCUGCUGUCAGGUGCUCGGAACCAGCAUCCCCAGGGCUCAAGGCAGCAGGCAGGCAUGGUGGAGAAGCUUGUUACUUCCAAAGCCACGGUCCCAGGGGCUGGCUUUUCACUGUGCCCAAUAAGUAACUCUUGAGAAGGAGCUGCAGUAUUCCCUCAUUGUAAGAAGUAAAUGUUCUGUGAAUUUCACUCUAAGCAUUUCUUUCUGACCUUUAUGCUAGCUUCUGUCAUGACACAAAGCCUUUGCUUCAGCACAGUGAAGGUGCAUCAGUACAUCCCCAGUCCGUGCUGACUUUUAUGAGCAAGGCAGUACGAAAGGCUGAGCUG